AUGGACACAAAUAUGCGUGAAGCAGUCACGGCCCAAGAAAGGUUAAUGAUAACUUUGCGCUUUUUGGCAACUGGAGAAACAUUCACCAGCCUGCAGUUUAUAUUUCGUGUUUCCAAGUCGUUAAUCAGUAGCAUUGUGAAGGAUGUGUGUGCGGUUCUCAACGAACAACUACGGAGCUAUGUAAAAAUGCCGUCAAAUACACAGCAAUGGCGAGAAGUAUCGAAAAAAUUUGAAGACCGAUGGAAUUUCCCCCAUGCCAUAGGUGCCAUCGAUGGCAAGCAUGUUCGAAUUCGGGCACCAAGCCACAGUGGAUCGGAGUACUACAACUACAAAAAUUUUUUCAGCAUCGUACUACUUGCGGUAGUCGACGCUGACUACAAUUUCUUGCAUGCCGAUGUGAACAUCCUACAGGAAGUAUGGAGCGAGUAUUUAAUACUCGUCACUCUCGAGCUCGCGUGGUAG